AUGAUGGAGAGCCAGGAAGGAUACUCAGAAGCAGGUCUCACUAAUGUUAUACCACAAAACAAUAAUCCACAGAAUGGGAAUGAAGAGGUUAAUAUAGAAAUGUCAAGAAAGCGGAAGCAUCAUGAGGUCAUUACAGAUCAGGAUGAAGAUGCUCUGCAAGAUCUCAGCUUAGCUGAUGAGAGUCAACAGGAAUAUAUUCCCGCCAGUGAUGUGGAAGCAAUGAUUUAUGUGUUGACGCGAGUGGCCAACGAAUACUUGACCCAUGCCCGCUCAAUGGUUCAUUUAGUGGCGAGUAAUCAACAGAAAUUAUUGGAAUAUCGUAAACUAGUGUUUGCUUGUAUCAAAACAUUAACCACGAUCGUCACCAAACUUUCCAAUAUCCCCCCAAAUACUGAGACCUCGAUCUUCUUGAAGCUUGCUCAGUUGUACUAUUACGAAACUAACGAUCUCAAAAAAUGUGAGAUCAAUCUCAAUAAGGCCAUGACGAUUUCAAAGAGAUCAAAAGUGUUACACCUUCAAUUCCAAGCAGAAUUCUUCUCGGCAGUCAUUAUUUGCUCUGAUAAUUCCCGAAUCGCUCUAAAAUAUUUAAAUUCCAAAAUCGAAGAGUUCACAAACUUGGGGUAUAUCCAUUGGGUGAGAAUCUUUGAGUUUUUGAAAAUCAACCUUUUAUUGACUGUGGAACCGAAAACUGCCCUCACUAACUUGAAAGUGUUUAACGGCUAUACCAAUUUGAAUGAAAACUUAAAACAAUUCUCUUUACUCAUGGAAGCCAACUUGAAACUCUAUCGAGGAUCCCCGCUUGACGCUUGUAACAUUCUCAAACUAUGUCAAUCAAGAAUGGAAACCCUUAAAUUGGCUAAGAUACCCCAACUUACCGCGAUGCUACUACUCAAUCAGCUAAAAUGUGGUAUUCAGAUGACGGAUUUCGAAGGCUCUCGAAAGACCAUUGCCAAAUUGAACAGUUUUGUGGAAAAUGAAUCCAAAAAUAACUUGCCAAAUUGGCCAUCGGACGGUCUGUUCAAUUUAAAAAUCACUCUCCCAACAAACGCUCAUAAUGUGAAAGACUAUCCAUUCAAAGUCAAUUGGCUAUCUAUUGAGGAAGUGCAAAUCAUCUCAUGGCUAUAUUGUGGGAUAUGCUAUAUCUACAAGUUUUAUGAGAAGGAUAGAUCAAUAACGUAUUUGAAUACUGCAUUGACUCUUACAGAUAGAUACUCUGCGAAAAUAAAGACGAAAGGAUUUACAAGAAAGGGUAGUAACCCGCUAAAUAACAUUGAUGGCAAUACAUUAGCUGAUAUCAAUACCUUAAACUUGAAAAUCAUAAGAUUGAAAUUCAUCAAGAUUCAGAUUUUGUAUUAUCAGUGCUUCUAUGAUCUCUUAUCUAACGAACACCAGCCAUCAAGUAUCAAAUCAAAACUUCACGCUAUCCAAACCCAACUUGAAAGCUUAUCAACUGUUGAGAAGAAAUGCUUCAAAUUACCGUUCAUGAAGAACCUAUAUUUACUAGCGUUGGUUUCCCAAAAUGAAGGGAAUUUAUCUCCUGCCAAAUAUUUAUAUUAUAAGAUCCGAGAAUUGCUCAAGUCCCCGAACUCCGGGAGUACGAAAAAUUUAUCCGAAUCCAAAUUGGCAUAUUUUUGCAACACCUUGGGUAUUGGGGGCAAUACCUUUGCUGCCAGAGAUGAAAAUUCGGAAAUCUAUGUUUACUCCACCCUUAAUUGUAUUAUAAUCCUAGAAUCGGACCUAGCAAUUCUUAAACAAAUCAAUAAUGAUCCAACAAUUUCUAAAGAAGUGUUGGCUAAGAAUAAUGGGGAAAUCACCAAGAUAACCGCAGAAAGAAAUUCCUUGCUUAAUGAAAUUAAUCUUAUGUUUGAAAAUGGCAAGAAGAAUACGGUUGACCAAGGGCAACAAGGCAUAAUCAUCACUAACAACCAUCUUGGGUUUGCCAGUUCUAACAAAUUGGUGCUUGCAUCCAAGAAUAUAUUUGAUGUGGUUUUCAAUCAAUUGACUCAUCAGCAAGUUAAAUCAAUACUUGAAAACAUUGUUCCCCCGUCAGUACUUCAUAAUAGCUCAGAAGUCUCUGAGGCCAAUGAUCAUGAUCAAGUUGCUACUUUAGUCCAACAACUUUCUCCGGAACUUUAUGCAUUAGCAACAUAUUUGCUUUCCAAAUCAGCAACAGAUCUGAUUUCAAAACAAAGAUUUUUACUCCAAAGUAUUGCCUCCUCAAAAAUUGCCCAUAAUUUGGUUCUCCAAUAUCUUUCUGGUAUGAAACUUUAUGAGAAUUACCAAAAACUUGGUCAACAAGCAGAGGCAGAUUUACAAUUGCAACACAAUAGUCAACUCAGAGAAAAAAUCUUGGCAAUGUUUGUUGAUAGCCAAAAAGGUUUACCAAAAAAAGUAAGGCUGAGCAAAUAA